UGGUAUCGCCAUCUCACCUUACAUUGUUCAUUUGAGUGAUUUUUCUCACUCAGCGCUGCCCAUUCUAGAGGAUGCAUUUUGUGAAAAUCUGGAAACUACCUCAGAACUGGAAACAGGAAGACAUGCUUCCUUUGACAGGAGUUCUGAAAUGAAAAGGCAGUUCAUUUGACGUGAUCUGAAAUGUGAAAUAUGACAUUAGGAAAAACCAAGCAAGUCAGAAGUGAAUAUCAGAGGAAGGGUCAGAGUAAAUCAGCUAAGCCGACCACGUGGAUUACACAGGUGACUUCUGUUCUGGGAACUAUCGAAGCUCACAGUGGGAUACAAUGUUCAAAUAGUUCAGUCAGGUAUAUAUGAGCUUGCAAAAUAGACUGCACUCAUUGAGUUUCCACAACUCACAGAAGUAAGCCAUUUACCUACAGAGCAAUGGACCAAUGGAAUCCAGUGGAAAGUGAUGAGGAUAUGCCUACCAUUACUCAAGAGAGAGCAUGGAAUAAUUUCAAUAAAGAGAUGGAGGGAGUAUUCCAUAGCGAUUUGAGUGAACGGGUUCGACCCUAUCUAGACCUCAUUGAUUCACUGCGUAUGAUUGGAAUCGAUCAGGAUCUGACUCUGCCUGCCAUAGCUGUGAUCGGAGACCAGAGCUCAGGGAAGAGCUCCGUGUUGGAGGCGCUGUCUGGAGUAGCUCUCCCUAUUGAGGCAGCGACCAAUGCUUUGACAGCUAUUGGCAUCUCUACAGUUGACCCACUGCAUUCAAUUGUUGGCUUUGUAAGCCCUAUAUAAAGACGGACCAAAGGUAGACUCUUCCAUGGCCCUGCCUGCCAUAGCUGUGAUUGGAGACCAGAGCUCAGGGAAGAGCUCUGUGUUGGAGGCGCUGUCUGGAGUAGCUCACUGUAUACAUUACAGUAUACACUACACAUCAUCAGAAAGAAAAUACUAUUCUUUAUCAAGAACAAUGGACAACUGGAGUGUAGUGCUUGACGAGGAAAUAUGUAAGCAAACUCCCUUAGCGACUGCUGAAGAGACACCAGAGGAGGAUAAAAAAAUGGAGGGAGUACUCCAUAACCAUUUCAGAGAGCAGGUUCAUCCAUAUUUAGAGCUUAUCGACUCCCUCCGUCUAAUGGGCAUCGAUAAGGAUCUGGCCCUGCCUGCCAUAGCUGUGAUUGGAGACCAGAGCUCAGGAAAGAGCUCUGUGUUGGAGGCGCUGUCUGGAGUGGCUCUCCCCAGAGGCAGCGGUAUUGUGACUCGGUGCCCACUGAUGCUGAGGUUGAGGAAGGUCAUGGGAUUGUCAGAGUGGAAGGGCACCAUCUCCUACAAAAAUGAGACUAAAGACAUCAAAGACCCCGCUAAGGUUGGGGAUUAUGUCGUCAAAGCCCAGAAUGAGCUGGCUGGAAAUGGUGUUGGGAUUUGUGACGAGCUGAUCAGUCUGGAGAUCAUGUCUCCUGAGGUGUGUGACCUCACUUUGAUUGAUUUACCCGGUAUUGCCCGAGUGCCUGUUAAAGGACAACCUCAUGACAUUGGAGACCAGAUUAAAAGGCUCAUUCACAGGUUCAUUGCAAAUGAAGAAACCAUCAACUUGGUGGUGGUCCCAUGCAAUGUUGACAUAGCAACAACUGAAGCUCUAAGAAUGGCUCAGGAAGUUGAUCCAGAUGGGAAAAGAACUUUGGCUAUUUUGACUAAGCCAGACCUUGUAGAUUGUGGCACAGAAAAGAACAUUUUGGAUAUUGUUGAUAAUCGGGUCAUUCCGCUGAGCAAAGGCUACAUAGUUGUGAAAUGCCGUGGUCAGCAACAAAUUCAGGAUGGGAUUCCUCUAGCCGAGGCCACCAGGAUGGAGAGAGAUUUCUUCAGCCAACACAAGUACUUCAGGCGUCUUCUUGAUGAAGGAAAAGCCACAACCCAGUGCCUUACCAUCAAACUGACCCAAGACCUGGUGGGCUGCAUCAAAAACUUUCUGCCAACACUGUCGGAGCAAAUUAAAAAGGAGCUGUGCAACUUAAGGGAACUGUUGAGUCAGUAUCCAGUGGGUCCUCCCAUUGAUGCCCAAAAAAGGAGACUCUUCCUUACUCGUCUGCUGAUUGACUUCAACAACAAGAUCAACCGAUUAAUAGAGGUUUGUGAAAAGGUACAGAAUGUGGUGAAGGAAUAUGACCUGGAGCACAGGGGAAAAGAGCUGCCUGGUUUCAGUAACUAUGAUGUGUUUGAGACGGUCACACAGGAUGCAGUGGCGAAACUACAGAAUGAUGCACUACAAACUUUGAGAGAAAUCAGAGGAAUAGUUGAGAAGCAAUUCAAUGAGGUCUCCAAAUCCUGCUUCAGAAACUUCCCUUUCCUGGAGUGUAUCACAACAAACAAAAUAAACAAAAUCCAGUCGAAACAGGAGGCCAAAAUGGAGAAAAGAAUCCAGGAGCAGUUUGAGAUGGAGAAACUGAUCUAUACUCAGGAUGGCAACUUCUUCAAGACCAUCAAGACUAUAGAUGAUUUUGUACCGCCACCUUCACCGCAACAGAAUGUUAGUGUUGAAGAAAAUCUCAGCAAAACACCACAAACUCCAUCCAAAAGAGGCAAGUCUGCUAAGCGCCCUCGACACUCUGACCAGGACAAGCCAGUGGUGGAUCUACCAAGCAUGACUGACAUGGAUGCUAACCCAAUUAGUCUGCAGGCCACAAUCUCUCUGGAGGCAUCUGCUAUUAGUUCUGAAGCCAUGAGCAUGUACCCUAAAAUGUUACAUUCAUACUAUGAGAUAAUGAUUCAGCGUCAGUCGGACCAGAUCCCCAUGCUGAUCCAGUACUUCCUUUUGAAGAAGUCAGCGGAGAUGUUGUGCACUGAGAUAUUAAGUCUCACUGAUGGGGUGGACGUGGACAAAGCCUUGUCCGAGGUCUCGGACAGCAGCCGCCGCCGCAGCGACUUGCAGGGCCGCGUUGAACGUCUCAGCGAGGCGCAGGACAAACUCAGCCAUUUCCUCUAACCCCUCAUUUCCACUGAACCCGUCUUCUUUAUCGUGUUCCAUCAGCUACAUGUUUUUGUCCUAAAAAUACAGCUAGCUUAUUUUGAUACUCACUGCCAGCUGAAAACUGAUACAGCAGUCAUAUAAAGCUCCUCUUCGAGAUUGUUAUGUUGAAACAAGUGGUGAUUAACUGUCAUGGUGCCACUUGAAAAUAGAUCAGUGUAACCAUGUUCGGUUACACUUUACUUGACAGUAUCAACAUGAGUGACAUGACACUGUCACGAAUGUGUCAUAAACAAGUCAUAAACGUUUAUGACAUAACGCUUCUG